UCCGCUGCUCUCCCUCUCUCCGCCUCCUCCGCUGCGCUCAAACCGAGCGGCGGUUCUCAGCUCGUCUCUGUUCCUCCGGAUCGUUCCUCGUCGUUCAGACCAGACGGAAGUAGAACCCGGAGAACCAGGAGGUUCUUUUUCUGAACAUCUGCUGAUCGUCGCUGCGGAUCUGCGGACUGAAUUCUCACUUUUCGUCUGUUUUUUUUCUUCACUUUUCUCAGAUUCCUGCUGGUUCGGUGCGUGGGUUCUGGAGGAGAUGUUCUAGAGGAGAUGUUCUGGAGGUUCUAAAGCUUCUGUUCUAUCAUCUCUGGAUCUGUUUCACCUCCCAAACCCACCAAGAGGAACCAGAAGAGCAGCUGACGGUUUUCAGAACAUCUGUUUUAUUCAGAAUUCCUGGAUCUGGGGAGGAACCCGCAGAAACCCAAAGUACCUCAGGAACCAAGAAACAUUCAGAACAUCUGAUUCACAGAAGAACCUUCUAGAUCAAUUCUAGUUUAUUUAUUUAUUUAUUUAUUUAUUGGCUUCAUGGUGGAAUUUGACAACUUUGAACAUCCUGAUAGUGUAGAGAAACCCAGAGGAACCCAGAUGAACUCCUCUAGAACCCAGAGGAACGUCUCUAGAACACAAGAAAUGAAAUAUAUUUUUUAAUAAUUCGGAAGUUCUCCACCAGAACCUGCAGCUGAACAUUCAGGGACCAUUGGGAACCCAAAAUUCCACAUUAGAAAACUCAGAAGAACCUUUUGGAUUCUGAAAGUUUUUUUUUCUUUAUGAACCUUUUCUGACACUUGAGGGAAAUACCAAGAAUGUAGAGGAACCCAGAGGAACCUCACAAGAACACAAGAAAUACGACAUGUUCUGGAGUAAUUCUGAUGUCUGCCUCUGAGAACUGUUGGGGUUCUGUAGAGAACCCUGAAAAACGUUAAGACUUUAAAACUUUAAUGAGUUUUAUAGAUUCUCAGGAACUCUAUAGAACCCAUUUAGAACCUUGCUGGAUUUCUGAGGACUUAUCCAGAGGAACCACAGAACGACCUUUCAGACACUUAGAGGCUCUUUGGGAAGCUCUAAAGAUUUCUGUAGCUCCUAGAAGAACCUUUACAGAAACUCUGAUGGGACCCUUGAAAACUCGAUGAAAUCGGAGUUCUGCUGGGAGUCCAGAGGUUCCUUCAACGCUCUAAACCCAGUAGAACAUGGAUUACAUUCAAGACUUUACAAACGUUUGAUCAGUACUGUAGAUUCUACAGAAAUUUUGAAGAACCCUUCUAAAACCACUCUAGAAAACCCUUUAGUCCCUCUGAAAAUCUGAGGAUUUAUCUAGAAGAACGUCUGAAAACCUUGAGGUCUCUCUGGGAAGCUGUGAAGGUUCCAUCUCUUACAGAAACUCUAAGAGGACCUUUGAGAUCUUGAUUAAAUCUGAGGUUUUGCUGGCAGUCUGUCCCAGAAGAACCACAAGAACCCUGAAGAUUGGUCCCAGAGGAACCCUGAGAACACCUUCAAUGAGAGACCUGAAAGACUCUGAUCAAUGCUGGGAACAGAUUUUGGCCUCGAGUAACCUUAGAACUUUUAUGAAUUCAUUAAAGCUCUGAGGGAACCUCAGAUCCUCUGAGGAACCCUACAACAAGACACUGAGCAUGUUGGAGCAUGUAACGGACAUUGAAGAACCCAAAACAAAAUGUUUAAGUGCCUUGAGGAACCCUAAAGAACCCUGUGGACCCUGAAGACCUCAGAGAAAUCAGGGUGGAUCAGCGGAGGAGUCUGAGGACCCUGAGAGGAACCUGCAGAGCCUCUGUGGACCUUCAUAAAGUGUCGAGGAAUCCCGAGAACCUCCAGAGAACCGAUGGGAACCCUGAGGGACCUUCAAUACGCCCUACAGGAGAAGAUCGAGGAGCUUCGGCAGCGUGACGCUCUGAUCGACGAGCUGGAGCUGGAGCUGGACCAGAAGGAUGAGCUGAUCCAGCGGCUGCAGAACGAACUGGACAAGUACCGUUCCGUGAUCCGACCGGCCACGGCGCAGGUCCAGGCCCACGGUCUGGUUCUCCAACCCGACCAGCACCGCAGCAAACGCCAGGCCAUCUCCGCCGAGCCCACGGCCUGCGACAUCAGCGCCCUGAGCCACGUCACGCUGCCGUUCUACGCCAAGAGCCCCAAGUCCAAGGAGCUGAUCAAGGAGGCCAUCCUGGACAACGACUUCAUGAAGAACCUGGAGCUGUCUCAGAUCCAGGAGAUCGUGGACUGCAUGUCCCCUGUGGAUUAUGGGAUGGAGGCCUGCAUCAUCAAGGAGGGCGACGUGGGAUCGCUGGUCUUCGUCAUGGAGGAGGGGAAGGUGGAGGUGACGAAGGAGGGCAUGAAGCUGUGCACCAUGGGACCAGGGAAGGUGUUUGGAGAGCUGGCCAUCCUCUACAACUGCACCCGGACGGCCACGGUCAGGACUCUGGUUCCAGUGAAGCUGUGGGCGAUCGACCGACAGUGUUUCCAGACCAUCAUGAUGAGAACCGGACUCAUCAAACACGCCGAGUACAUGGAGUUCUUAAAGAGCGUUCCAACCUUCCAGGGCCUUGCUGAGGAAACUCUCAGUAAACUGGCCGACGUCAUGGAGGAGACUCACUAUGAGGACGGAGAUUACAUCAUCAGGCAGGGGGCCCGAGGAGACACCUUCUUCAUCAUCAGCAAGGGCAAGGUGAACGUCACUCAGGGGGAUUCAGCCAAUCAGGAGCCGAUACACCUGAGAGAGCUCAGCAAGGGAGACUGGUUUGGAGAGAGAGCACUGCAGGGGGAGGACGUCAGAACAGCCAACGUCGUCGCCGCUGAUGAUGUCAUCUGUCUGGUCAUCGACCGAGACUCGUUCAAGCAUCUGAUUAGUGGACUGGACGACGUGUCCAAUAAAGGCUACGACGAUGCCGAGGUCAAAGCCAAGUAGGUCCAACAACACAAACACGGAUUUACAGGAGAGUUCCUGAAACAUUAGAAACAUGUUGGAGCUCCUCAAGACCAUCUCCAUCUGUUAUUUAUUAAAGACAGAUCAUCUCCAUCAGUUAUUUAUUAAAGACAGAUCAUCUCCAUCAGUUAUUUAUUAAAGACAGAUCAUCUCCAUCUGUUAUUUAUUAAAGACAGAUCAUCUCCAUCAGUUAUUUAUUAAAGACAGAUCAUCUCCAUCAGUUAUUUAUUAAAGACAGAUCAUCUCCAUCAGUUAUUUA